AUGUCCUACCACCAUUACACACCGCAAGCUGCUGCUGGAACUACUCAACCAACAGCAUCCUAUCCUUAUGGUGCCUAUACUGCCUAUGGCUACCAAGGAGGCGGUUAUCAAUGGCCUUAUGCUUAUGGAUAUAGCGUAAAUCCUCAACAAACCUCAGUUAGACCUCCUGCCACCGCUUCACCUGCACCUGUUUCCACCCCAACGGCAGCCUCUCCAACUGUUCCUGCUCAGGCGCCCCGAUCCACGACCUUUUCAUCCUACACUUCUUAUACUCGGGAAACAGCUGCGUCAGCUCCAACGACAGGCGGCCGGACGGGGAAGAAACAGCCCAAUAUUAAGGGACUGUUCAACAAAGAACUGAGAAACCUGAUGUAUGGUUUUGGAGACGACCGUAAUCCUUCGAACGACACAGUGAAUGUUAUGGAGGAGAUUCUGAUCGAGUAUAUACAAGACGUUUGUGUCGCUGCAGCUGGUGGAUCCAAUCGUAAGAGUCGGCUAUCAAUUGAGGAUCUCCGAAGAGUCUUGUCUCGUCCGGCGGAUGCUAAAAAACUUGCUCGAAUGGAGGAGCUGCUGUUCAUGCAAGAAGACAUUAAACGAGCUAGAGCACAGUUCGAGGAGUCGGACAUGUAG